CACUCAGUCGAGUCCUGUCUCUUGUACAUGCAUGGUGAAGUCUUGCCAAGCCAUACCUGCGCUGCAGAAACCCACCCAACUUCUGAAUAACGGCGACAAGAAAGGAUGACCUCCAGUCGUCCCGGCAAAUGCAAAAUAUGUGGAUAAUAGCUUAGUGUGGAAGAGCAUCAGACAAUACUAGUUUAAAAAAAUAAAAAUUGGAUACUUAUUUAGGGUUAUGUCAAUGCAAUUUACUAUUAUUUGAACCAUUUGUUCUAGAAAGAAAAGGGUACAUGCUAAAGGACAAUGUUACUCACUAAAACGUCAUCGAAAUGGAUACGCGCGUUAUUUGCUAUAUGGCUGCAUCUGACUGUGUGGGAAACGAUGGAGGCUAUCCAUCCAGACUGUGCCCUGGUCUCUCAUCACAUGAAGGCCCAGGAGAGCUGUAUCCACACACGCAGACAGGAAGGCCGGAACCGCUCUGCCAGGACAGGGUGUCGUACAGAGUGGGAUGAGAUCAGAUGCUGGUCACGGGCUGAGGUGGGCCAGAUUGUCAACGUCUCCUGCUCAGACGUCUCCCAGCUCUUCGCCAACAAAGGCUACAUCUUCAGGAACUGUACGAAGGAUGGCUGGACAGAGCUGUACCCUACGUAUGAGGAGGCCUGUGAGUUCGCAGAUGAGUCAGAGACAGGAUCAGAGACAACAUACUUCUCCACCAUCAGUCAGGUGUACACCGCUGGAUAUGCCACCUCCCUCGUCUCCCUCAUAUCAGCCAUCUUUGUCUUCACUGUGUUCAGGAAGUUCCACUGUACCAGGAACUACAUCCAUAUCAACCUGUUUUCCUCAUUCAUCCUGAGAGCCAGUGCCGUCUUCAUCAAGGACGGAGUUCUGUUCGCUGAUGAGAACCUGGACCACUGCUUCAUGUCCACGAUGGCGUGUAAGUCAGCGGUGGCCUUCUUCCAGUUUAGUAUCCUGGCUAACUACUUCUGGUUGCUGGUGGAGGGCAUGUACCUCCAGACCCUCCUGUCCCUCACCUUCGUCUCACACAAAAAGUACUUCUGGUGGUACACACUCAUCGGCUGGGGUCUCCCAACUACAAUACUGUUGGUGUGGGUUCUGACACGCAACUUCUAUGAUAACCGGGGUUGCUGGGACGACACUGAUGUGGCCUUUAUCUGGUGGAUCAUCAAAGGGCCAAUAACAGCAUCACUACUGGUCAACUUCAUCAUCUUCAUCAAUGUGAUCCGUAUUCUGGUACAGAAGCUCAAGUCUCCAGGCGUGGGGGGCCACGACACUGGCCACUCCAUGAGGCUGGCUAAAUCCAGUCUGUUCCUGAUCCCUCUGUUUGGGAUGCACUACAUGGUGUUUGCCUUCCUACCAGAGAACACAGGAGAGGAGGCCCGUAUCUUCAUAGAGCUGGGCCUGGGAUCCUUUCAGGGCUUUGUGGUGGCUCUGCUCUACUGUUUCCUAAAUGGAGAAGUGCAGGCAGAGCUGAAGAAGCGUCUAUGGAAGUGGCAGAUCCAAGGUUAUCUGAGCUACAGUAGGAGAAGACGUACCCUCUUCACAGAGAGCUCCACUGUCACACAGAUCUCUGUUCUGGAGAAGUCCUCCCCCAAGGAGCUGCCCUGCACACACACACUCACGCACAUCAACAAACAUACACUCACACACACUUCUGUCCCGAGCUAUACUGACACACAAACACUCACACACACUGACACACAAACACUCACAAACAGCUCUGUCUCAAUCUGUGAUGACACAAACACCCUCACACACAACACCGACUCACUCACACACAACUCAACAGUCUGAGAGAACAAAAAAUCACGCUCUCUCUCUCUCUAUUCCCAAUCCUCCCUCUUCUUUUCUUCCUCCCCUCUCUCAAGGAUGGUCUACACCUUGACUCUAUAGUGCCCAAAUCUCAGAUAGGCCUGUUUCAGUCUAGAGAGAUCUAAAUGUUGUUCCAUAGACUGAGCUGUCUGUUGUGUUGACUCACUGGCUUGGCUGUGUGGUUCCAUAGACUGAGCUGUCUGUUGUGUUGACUCACUGGCUUGGCUGUGUGGCUCCAUAGACUGAGGAAGAGUUAUACAGAAAUAAUAGCAAAUUAUCGCAAUGGCCACAGAUUGACCAGAUUCCCAAAUGAAGCAAGCUUUAUAGUGUCUACAAUAUACUGUAUCUUCCAUAGUACAAGUAAAUACACAGCCUUGUCUGUUAGGGCUUUCUAAAUGGACUGUGCUGUGUUUGGGUGGGUUGCUGCUAUUGUUGCCAGACAUGGACUUGCUGGCUGUGUGGUCUGGUCACUAGACACUAGUGGACUCUAGUGGAUGCUAGUGGACUCUAGUGGACUGCGCUUGUGUCCAGAGUAGAAAUGGACUGGCCCCGGUGUGUUUGAAAUGCAGAGUAGUGAUAAAUUGAACAUAUUGAUUGAGAGGAAGAGGUUCAACUGACCUCUCUCCCCUCAUCAACCUGAAGGAAGAGAUUCAACUGACCUCUCGCCUCUCAUCAACCUGUAGGAAGAGGUUCAACUGAUCUCUCUCCCCUCAUCAACCUGAAGGAAGAGGUUCAACUGACCUCUCUUCCCUCAUCAACCUGAUAGAAGAGGUUCAACUGAUCUCUCUCAUCAACCUGAAGGAAGAGAUUCAACUGAUCUCUCUCAUCAACCUGAAGGAAGAGGUUCAACUGACCUCUCUCCCCUCACCAACCUGAUAGAAGAGGUUCAACUGAUCUCUUCUCAUCAUCCUGAAGGAAGAGGUUCAACUGACCUCUAUCCCCUCAUCAACCCGAAGGAAGAGGUUCAACUGACCUCUCUCCCCUCAUCAACCUGGAGGAAGAGGUUCAACGGACCUCUCUCCCCUAAUCAACCUGAAAGAAAAGGUUCAACUGAUCUCUCUCAUCAACCUGAAGGAAGAGGUUCAACGUACCUCUCUCCCCUCAUCAACCUGGAGGAAGAGGUUCAAUGGACCUCUCUCCCCUAAUCAACCUGAAGGAAGAGGUUCAACUGAUCUCUCUCCCCUCAUCAACCUUAAGGAAGAGGUUCAACUGACUUCUCUCCCCUCAUCAUCCUGAAGAAAGAGGUUCAACUGACCUCUAUCCCCUCAUCAACCCGAAGGAAGAGGUUUAACUGACCUCUCUCCCCUCAUCAUCCUGAAGGAAGAGGUUCAACUGACCUCUAUCCCCUCAUCAACCUGGAGGAAGAGGUUCAACUGACCUCUCUCCCCUCAUCAACCUGAAGGAAGAAGUUCAACUGAUCUCUCUUCCCUCAUCAACCUGAAGGAAGAGGUUCAAUGGACUCUGUCUUCUCAUCAACCUGAAGGAAGAGGUUCAACUGACCUCUCUCCUCUCAUCAACCUGAAGAGGUUCAACUGUCCUCUCUCUUCUCAUCAACCUGAAGGGUACAGAGAAGAACAACCACUUCUACCUUAUGGAUUGUAAUGCAACAUGUUGCACAGUGCACUAGCAUGUAUGGAGCACUACACUGUAAAGAUUAUUAUUUAUAUAGACCUUGUUUUUUGUUGUUAUUAAUUGUCUUAAAACCAGUUGAGCUGACAGCCGUUGUGUACUGUUUCGCUAUGGCUUUAGUCAUCCAUCUAGCAAGAGGGCAAUAUUUUAAUAAUGUAGUGUUGUUCCCCCCCAGAAAGCUAUGACCUUUGGCUUUCACCUGGAAUUGUUUAUCUAUGUCUGAGAAAAAAAGGAAAAAAAACUUUUCAUCCCAUAUGAUCUAGUACACAGUAAAGGUAUACUAAAACAAAUACAAAAAUUAUGAUAUGAUAAAAUAACAUACAGUUGGGAAUGAAUAAGCCUUUUCAUACUUUAUAAUAUGUCCAUAUAUAGUUAAUCUGUUUUCGGAACAUUUACCCAAAAUAUUUCACAUUCUUUAUUACUUUACCAAACAUACAGUGCCUUCGGAAAGCACUUUCUCCACAUUUUGUUACAUUACUACCUUAUUCUAAAAUGGAUUAAAUGAAACUAAAUCCUCAGCAAUCUACACACAAUACCCUUUAAUGACAGAGCAAAAACUGAUUUUUAGACAUUUAGCAAAUGUAUAAAAAUGUUUAAAUAGAAAUACCUGAUUUACAAAGGUAUCCAGACCCUGCGCUAAGAGAUUUGAAAUUGAGCUCAGGUGCAUCCUGUUUCCAUUGAUCAUCCUUGAGAUGUUUCUACAACUUGAUUUGAGUCCACCUGUGGUAAAUUCAAUUGAUUGGACAUGAUUUGGAAAGGCACACACCUGUCUAUAUAAGGUCCCACAGUUGACAGUGCAUGUCAGAGCAAAAACAAAGCCAUGAGGUCGAAGGAAUUGUCCGUAGAGCGCAGAGACAGGAUUGUGUCGAGGCACAGAUCUGGGGAAAUGUGCCAAAAAAUGUCUGCAGCAUUGAUGGUCCCCAAGAACUCAGUGAAGUUUGGAAUUGCCAAGACUCUUUGUAGAGCUGGCCGCCCGGCCAAACUGAGCAAUCAGAGAGAAGGUGUCAAUGUCGUGUGUGUAGGUGGCAGGGAAGUCAGUCGCAGGAGAAACCAACUUGGUGUAACUGGAGUAGUUUAAUUAAGAUAAAACAAACUCCAAAAACCAAUGUACAUAAAUAAAAUAACAUGGGUAAAAUAACCCGUCG